AUGCAUCAAGGUGACCAAGAGACCAAACAAACACCGAAGAAAAAACCGAGGAAAACAAAAAGCGACAAGCCCAAAAGGGUCGUCGUCAGCAACCCCCCUCCCCUUCAGCUGGACGAACCCUUAAAGUGUGAACUGUGCCCCUCUUCCUACAUGAACAACGUGGACUUUGCCCUUCACUCGCGGUGCCACAGCGACGACGGCAAGUUCAGCUGUCACCUGUGCAAAUAUCGCAACGCCUCGAAGUACCACUUCGAAAUGCACGUCAGGGUCCACGAGGGCACCACCAAGUUCAAGUGUGAGAUAUGCGAGAAGGCCUUCGCCGUUCGCUCGCACGCCGUGGAGCAUAAGAACUUCCACACCGGAGAGAAGCCUUUCCAGUGCGAGAUAUGCGGCAAACACUUCACCACUUCCAACCAGAUGACGGCGCAUCGCCACAACGUCCACUACGAGAUCAUAAACGGCGGUCCCAUCGUUAAGUACGAUUGCACCGUUUGCAACAAGCACUACCAGACUUCCCUCGGCUUGAAAAAGCACAACGACCGCAAGCACAUCAAGGUGGACUUCUCGGUGAUCUGCGAGACUUGCGGGAAGAGGCUCUCCAGCAAGGAAAAGUUGAAAUUCCAUCUCAGGACCCACACCGGUUACAGACCGCACGCUUGCCAUCUGUGUCCGAAGAAGUUUCCCAAGAAGGAGCAGCUCAUUGAACAUGUACGGAUCCACACGGGAGAGAAACCGUACAUUUGUAAAUUCUGUGGGAAGGGGUUCGCCCAGCGGACUCCACUGAAGGUACACGAAAGGACUCAUACUGGAGAACGCCCCAACAAGUGUGAGUUUUGCGGGAGGAGCUUCGCUUCCAGAGUCAUGCUGGAUGCACAUUCGGGCACUUGCUUUGCGGAUAAGAAGGUCGAGUGAAAAAACAAUUCGACUACAUUUUGGAUAAUAUUAUAUGUUAUAGACACACUAAAAUGUCGAAAAUCAAAGUACUUAUCGCAUAUACUCCUAAUAAUCGAAUAAAAAACAGUUUUACAGUAUUAUUUUAGGUUAGAGUAUACAAUGGCUUUGUUCCUAGAGCAAUGCAAAGCAAUUUCCAACAGUCAGAAGCAUGCGCAGGGUAUCUCAGAAACUUGCAG